AUGUCUUCUGACGAAGAUAGCGAACAGAAGGAAACAGCUACGAAGUCCCGCGUUAAUCUCGUGGAAGACGAGGCAUUGGAUUGGUUGAAGCCAAGAACUCUUAUAAAACCCGAUGAACAAGAAGAAGUCCCUGAAGCUGAACUAGAAGAAGAAGUAGGUCGUGUUUUAACUACAAUUAAUCCUCGAUGGGUGGCUGAUGAAGUUGCAUACCAUUAUGGUCAAGGAAAAUUUGUUACUAAGUCUCGACCUACCUUUGGGAAAGCCUACCCACUUUACAUCUAUCAAGGAACAGCUAUACGUAAAGAUUCUGAUGAAGCAAAAGCUCAGAUUGCAGCAGGAUAUGGUAUGGUUGGAUUUGAUGACGCUGGACCAAAGCGGGCUAAAGUAAAGAAAUCUGCGGCCGAGGAAGAAGAAGAAGAAGAGCCAGAACCGGAAGCUGCCCCUGACGAAGCUAAAGAAGAGGAUGUACAAGAAGAACAAAUAGCAAAGGAACAUAUAGAAGAAAAAGAAGUCGUUCAGUCGGAAGUAGUCGCUGAGGAAGCAGAAGUUGUUGCAGAGGAAGUCCCGGAAGAAGCGGUUCCUGAAGAAAAAGAAGAAAGUGAACAUCACGAAGAAGAAGUAAUUGAAAUAAAGCCGCGUGUGAAAAAGCUCGCAAAUCAAUUUAACUUCUGUGAAAGAGCAGCACUAACAUACAAUUUACCUCGAAGGUCAGUAGACACACAAACCAUACCGCCACCAAGAGCUAACUACGGAGCAACUGUUCUUCAGUGCAUAAUUUUCGACUUCUAUCAAGAGGACUAUGCUAGAAAACAACGUGAAAAGGAAGAGGAAAAACCAAAAAGGGUUCGUAAAAAGACAGCGAAACAUGUGAAAUCAGCUCAACAAAUACACGAUGAACAACUAGCACAGCGCAUUCGAGAGGCUUGGACCAUUUUAGAGAGAUUAGUCAAUCAGAAUAUUUAUGAUGAUAUCGCUCAAGACUAUCGUUAUUGGGACGACCCUUCAGAUGAAUUUCGUGAAGGAAUGGGGUCUUUACUUCCUUUAUGGAAGUUUCAAUUUGAGCCUAUGAGAAGUCACGCGAUUUGCGACGUCCAAUGGAAUCCGCAUUAUCAAGACUUAUUCGCUGUUGCUUACGGGUCAUUGGAUUUCACACAACAACAAAAACAGGGCUGUUUGUGUUUAUACAGCAUUAAAAAUCCAGCUUAUCCGGAAUAUUCUGUAAUAACUGAUUCACCUGUUAUUUGUCUCGAUGUUUACAAGGAAACCCCUUAUCUCAUUUGCAUUGGGCGAUAUGACGGCAACGUAUGUGUUUAUAAUGCUCAAUUAACUCUAGAGUCUUCAUACCAAUAUAAAUCUGACUCUGUGAGAGAUAAACAUAGCAAUAUCGUCUGGGAGAUUCGUUGGGGAGCCCGUUUGAUAGAUGGUGAACCGUCCUUCUUCUCGAUAUCUGGUGACGGGCGUGUGGUGCAGUGGGCGGUUAUGCCCGGGGAACUGCAGGCCACCACCAUCAUAACCCUGCACUCCAGUGUGCCCCCCAUACCUGGGCCAGAUGGCACUUUGAUCACCGUUAAUAGCUGUGGAAGUUGCAUCUGCUUUCAUCCAGAGAAACCAGAUAUCUUCAUGGUCGGCACUGAAGACGGCAUGAUACAUACGUGCUCGUUGAAAUACAAUAGGAAUUACGUUCGAUCAGUGCAAGGACAUCACAUGCCCGUAUAUAGGAUUCACUACAAUUAUUUUAAUAAUAGCAUAUACGCUUCUUGUUCUGGCGAUUGGCGGGUCAAGAUCUGGGAAGAUGGACGGGAUGAGCCGCUGUUUAUGUUUGAGUUGGGCUCACCUGUGGGAGAUGUGAAGUGGGCGCCUUAUUCUAGCACAGUCUUCGCAGCGUGUACUGCUGAUGGAAAGGUAUAUGUUUAUGACCUAAAUGUGAAUAAAUACCGUCCCAUAUGCGUGCAAGCGGUUGUUUCAAAGAAGACCAAGAAACUCACGAGAAUCGACUUUAAUCCACGACUGCCAGUCAUGGUGUGCGGAGACACUAAAGGCACGUGUCAUGUAGUAAAAUUAUCACCUAACUUAAGGGUUAUGUGUAAACCACCGAAAAAGGCGCAAGGGUUAGAACAAAGAACUUUACAGAUCAUGAAGCUGGAUAAACUUUUGAGUUUAGUGCGUGACCCGCCAUUCCAAACUGGGGUUGUUGAUGAAAAGUUUGAUGACGAU